AUUUAGACCAUGCUAGUGUCUAUUGCUACUUGUUUCAACAUGAAAUCAAUGUACCAGAAGUAGCUAAGGCAGAGGUAUAGUUGUGAGAAAUGUCUCCGAGCAAGUCCUCGUCUGAAUGGCAACUAUGGCCACUGAGAGAGCGCUUGGGGUCGAUUCUGGUAGCGUGUCUGCUGCCUGUAGGUGUUCACUACUCGCAGCAAUUGGACGGCCUAAAGCCAUUUUUCACGGCUGAUAAGCGGUGGGAGCCUUCGAUUUCCGGUGUGUAUUGGGGCUUGCUGCAGACGACCUACACAGCUCCCAAUUUGGUAAUACCGCUGAUUGCUGGCGCGCUCGUGGAUCGGUGUCUUCGCCCAGCCAGCGUGUGUCUGCUUUUCCUGUCCAUUACCUUUGUGGGUGAGUUUUUGUUUGCGUGUGCAACCGUAUGGAACAGUUUUCCAUUGCUCUAUCUUGGCCGGUUCCUCAGCGGUUCGGGGGAAG